AAAUAUCGUCAAAAUAUCGUUGCUUCUUUACUUUGUCUCGUACUUCGUUUGUUAUUAAACAUACUUAGCUACCUAUACAAUGUCAGCAACCCGAAAUACCGAAUCCUUAUAUCACCAAGGCGAGUUCCGCAGUCGCGUGCCACCUGCGGAGCCUCUUACAACUACCGGGCAUAAACCCGGUGUCAAUGUUGGCAAGGACGCUGUGCCCGAAUUUCACGCCGAAAAACAUCCCCCUGGCACCGCGCCUCAGGAACGUACGUUCCUACCCCGACCCAUCGGCGAGACGCCAGUAUUGGAUCCAAACUCCGAAGUAUUGGCCGGUCCUGAGGAUACACUCGGUGGCCCUACAUCCCAAGGUCUUUAUACAGGCCUUGGCAAACCAAUUCAGGGCCAAACGUCGGCUGAGUUGCGCGGCAACCUAAUGGGCGACAAAUUGAACAAACGAAAGAAGGAGACCGCCGGGUUAGAAGGCACUGGGGCGAGAAUUGGUUAUCUUACUGAUAGCGUUCGUGAGAAAGGAGCAGAUCUUCCGGAUGGCGUAGAGAAAGGUACAAGGGGGAAAGCAAGUGCCGAGUAUCCCACCGCAGAGGAGCGGGUCCCCGAGAGCCUUGGGAAACCAGGUACCACUUGAAUAUUAAGAGUACCUAACCUAUGUAGAGUCUUGGCUAUUUAUUUAACAUCGUUCUGUAGCUUGUAUGU